AUGUUCACCACCGCGAGUCAAACCCGUUUUCUUAUUAACAAUCUUACCCUCAUGCAGAAUCCCACACAGAUCCCGCUUUACCGCACGUCUUUAGGCGCUGCUACGGCCGAUAAGCCUGACCCGCACGAUAUUAGCCAAGAAUUCGGGGCACUUGCCGGUCCGGCACCAAGACAAGUUCUGAUUAAACUCUGGACCCAACAGCCAAUCGUGACCCAGUAUUUGCCAAAUGCUAUAUGCCAAUGGGGCAUCCAGAACGCGUCAGAACUUCCAGAAAGUUAUAACCGCUUACGCUAUAUACGAAGCUCUGUACAACUGUUCUUGACAUCGCUUUUGGCAUUAGUAGACCUUGUGAACCUUUGGUGGUUGUUUCGACUUAGGCCUGAACAAAACAAAAAUGCUCAGUUGUUCUUUGUCUAA